AACAAACCCUUUGAAUUUCGAAAUUUCACUACAAAACCAUUAAAAGUUUCGAAAAAAUACACGAAACCUUAAUGGUUUAGUAUGGAGCCUUUUUUUUUAGAGAGUACCGCCAUAUGAAACUGAGAUCAAAGAUGAUUUUAAAUUAACGUAUAGUGCUGACCCAUUUUUAGAGAACUGUUUAAUGAAUUUAAUUGAAAUGAUUGUUAAUUCAAAAAUAAUUAAUAGUUGCACAAAUAUCAAGCAUUUACUAUCAAUAUGUAGUCGUAUUUGUCAAAACAUAUUAAAACUACAACAAUAUGGUGUGAAUAAUCUUGAAAAAUUACGAUCAACUUGUAGUUUAAUUCGGUGUAUUAGUUCAUCAGUCAUCGACAAUGAUAAUGCAUUAUGCGUUUUACAACAAACGUUCAAUUACGGUUUUGAAUAUGUAUUUCAGACACGUUUAACAAUACAUAAAUUUAUUGAUUAUCUUAAAAUAUUAUUAAGUAAACAUAAUGGGAUUUCAAUAAUUCAUCAAUAA